AUUCAUUGUCAAAGGUUGACAAUAAUGGACAUAAAUGCCGUUUACAAGAGAUUUUAGAUUUCGCACAACGCUUUUGCUUCUUUGUUUUAUGUCAGUUACCCAAACAGUUUUGGGGGAAUGCAGUCUCCGUACAAUCUUGUCUCGUAACUAUUGGUCUUUAUUCU